GUGAAUUUUGUCUUUGGGGUUUCUGAACUACGCAAGAAAUUCUCAACGUUGUUGAUGUAGUAAAACACAGUCCACACACACACCGUUCCGUGGACACCGUACACAAGCGCGUCUACGCGGCGGUUCCGACAACCUCAAAAAUUUCCUUUCUUCAACCUCCAUCUGCUUUUAUUUCUCUGACACUACGUAGUAGACUAGUAGUUGUUGUAUGUAUUUAUUUUCCAUCACAAGUUACACACCUUCCCAAAGUUUUUCCUUUGGGCGGGAAGUCCAAAAUGGGCCGCCUCGAGGUGAGUGGCGGCGCCGGCGGCGCUUCUCAAUCCAGCUUCCGCGAGCUCGACGAUGUCUUCUUGCAGACUCAAACAAGAAUAUGGCUUGGGGAAGUUCUAAACAUGAGAUUGGAUGAGCAAAUACCCAUUUCUGAUUUGCUUGCAGAUGGUGACCUUCUGUGUGAAGUUUCUAAAGUAAUUUGGAAUAUGCUGACAGCAAAAUAUGCAGAGCUUAGACACCUGAAAUACAAACCAAUAGGUUCUAGGAAGAGAAGUGGGAGAUAUAUGCCAUAUUCUAAUGUUGACUCAUUCCUAGCGAUCUGCAAAAUUUUGGGGUUGGAUGGUAUUGAUCUCUUCUUGCCAUCAGAUGUUGUGGAAAAAGGAAAUACUCGGAAAGUAUGCAUCUGUGUGAGGGCAGUCUCGAAGAAAGUCAGGUCAAAACAAUUGAAUGUUCCCAACUUCGAUAUGGUAACAUGUGCAGUAGCAAUGCCAAAAGAUAUGGUUGGUGGAAUCAAAAGAAGCUUGGAGACAUCAAAGAGUAGCAUUUCAACUUCCUCCAGUUAUAACUCCUCGUACAAUUAUCAAAGAUCGAUAGUUAGGCAGAGAAAUUUAAUUGAAGGCUGUGAUAGAAACUAUGAUUCCUGUUCUGAAGGCUCCGAUGAGGCAGAAAGCAAGUAUAUGGGUGCGGGGGAGGAAACCGAAGAAUCUUAUUGUUCAUCCACAAACAAGUUUAAUGAUUAUAUUUCUGAUGAUAUUGAGGACGAUGACUUGGAAGUAUCAUCCAUAGCUAGUGUGAGCUCUAUAUUAGACCGGGCCCUUAAUUUGGAAUUUGAUGACAUAGAUCAGAGUUGUGUUGUACCUGCUGCUGCUGUAAAUUCUUUUGAGAUUAAUGAUCAAGUCAUCUUGGCUAUGGAAGACGACGACGACAAGUGUUCCAGCUCCGCUCUAAAUGGCUCAAAUGAUGCAAACAUCCUUCAGUCCCCUGAGGUUCCUAAUGAGUGUGACACAAUUCCAAAGGAUAUGGAGGGAAAUCUUGUGGCACAAAAUGCUUCCAACACGAAAGAUGGUAAAUGGCUCUCCCCCAAGGAGCCAUUACUGCUAAAAACAGUCCAAACCGUUGCAAGUGGCACUGCUAUCGCCGGCCUGUUAUUUCUGCUGCUUCGUCUUAGAAGAGAGGGGAAAAAGCGGUGAUGCAAACAGGAAACUGGUUCAGAACAAGAAGUUUAUCCCUAAUAGGGAGGGACAAUCUGGAGCUACAGCUAGGAUUUAUCCUGCAGAAAAGCUAAAAUUCAAGAAUUAUUAGUACUGUAUUCUUUUUACUAGUUACUUGGCUAGCUAGGAUAGUUUCGUCCAAAAUCUUACAGCUUAGUAGCAUGUCUCUAACUCUAAAUAAGAUCUCCUUCCCCCCAACCUCAUUUUAUAACAUGUCUUAUUUACUUGGUUAAAUUAACUUUUCCUGAUGAGCAACCGUUUUAUUUUUU